CCACAGAGCAUUUCGUUGUGCUCGCAAUCCCGUUUUGUCUUUUGGCUCCAUUUCCAUCUUAGAAUCCCGACAGCGCAAUGGCUUGUUCUCGUUCCAACAACCAAAAAUACGCCAAAUAUAUAUAUUCCCCUUGUUUGGACGCCCAAUCUAAAUCUACACUGGGUGUCGGCUAAGUUGUCAUCUCGCGUAUCAUGGAAUUGGUUCUCGAUGGUUUCCCCCGAAGGUGAUGUCCUUGGAUCCACGGACAUAUAACUAUGGCUGCGUCCGCUUGAGACUGCGUUGGCUCACUCACUUCCCCUCGGAUUCACCGCAAUGACCCUGGCCCUACCUCUCAGCGACCUCUCCCGUAACCAAGUGUUACUCAAAGUAUCCCUUCCGGAUGGCACUGUCGUUUUCGAUAUGAAGCCCUGCGAGUCCGGGCUUGGAACGCCUUUGCUACCCUCUGAUUUAGAACUGCACUUCAGUACUACCAAGGGCGAAAACGGACUGGAGCUCACGAUGUGGGCUUCAAGUCGCGCUUCCGUCGCAACGACUUCGCAGAACAUCGGUUCCACCUGGGAUUGGCAAGAGGACUUCAAAGAGGAGUCGCUCAUGGAGCAGCCUCCUCCCAGUGCAACUAUAUCUCCCCUUGAGACAUCAUUCAGGGCUUGCACAGACACGCUCCUCAAUGCCAGUUCGAGUUUUCUUGAUCCAGUACAACUACCUACGCCGCCAGGCGAGACGUCAUGCAUCCCAAUGAACCAGCAGGAAUGCCAGAUGCCAGACGCGUUCUCGCCGAUGGAUAUAUUUUCGUUGAAUGGAAUGAUCUGGUCAGACUUCAGCCCAGUGUUCCCAGAUACAUCAGAGCCUUUACCAGAGUUCCCCCUUCCCACAUCGACUUCAUAUCUUCCUCCUUCUCCAGGCUCUGACGUUACUUCAACGUCAACGCAUUCUUCUUAUCUUCCUCUUGCAUCACCAGCAGUUUCGUCUACACCAUCAACGUUUCCUUCUCCCAAGGAAGAAACACGAGCACCCCAGCUCGGUUCUCCUCCCACUCCCGCCACCGCCCCAGCGCCUACCGAAGGCAACGCACUACGCCCCCAUCCAUGUCUCUUCCCAGAAUGUGGACGCUGGUUCACCCGAAGCUACACUCGUAACGUACACAUGCUAACCCAUCGUCGGUCUAACGAUCCCAAGCCGUUCGUCUGUACUAUUCCCGGAUGCUCCGAGGGCUUCUCACGGAAGCACGACCGAUUGAGGCACGAGGUACGGCAGCACGGACGUGGGAGUAACUGGCGAUGUCCAUUAUGUCCCCUCAGCAAGUUUUAUUCGUCGCAGAGCACGCUUGAGCGGCAUCUCAGCGAGAAGCACAGUGAAGGGGGGUAGUGCAUAGCUUACAAUCUACUCUCUAUGAUAGGGUACAACAACAACAAAGGAACGAACUCUCUUGUAUUCGAUUCCAGACCCCCCUAUUUACCCCGGGCCCGUCGCUGGUCAUUGGGGACUUGGGUAGAAAAGUAGCCUACCCCACAUUCAUACUAUCUCCGCGGGCGUAACAAGUAGCUGUAUUUUUUUCACAUGCACUGUAUAUUAUCAUAUGAUCUUUAUUACAAUCCACGUUGC